AUGGAAGAAACAGCUGUGUUGUUGGCACUAGUAUUUGUUAUGCUAGUGGGGUCUUUUCUAGCAGGAUCUAUUCCAUUAUUUUUUACAUUUUCAGAGGACAAAUUAAAAAAGAUAAGUGUUUUCGGAGCUGGUCUUCUAGUGGGCACAGCACUAGCUGUUAUCAUUCCUGAAGGUGUAAGGUCAUUGAUUCCAGAAGAGUCUCAUGGCCAUGGGGCCUCUAGUGAACCUCAUACUGAAGAUCAUAAGGAUCCGUUAUCAGCAAUUGGUAUUAGUUUAGUUUUGGGAUUUAUAUUUAUGCUGCUAGUUGAUCAGAUAUCCCAAAGUCGAAACGAAAACGUAAAUCCAUCCGAAAGGAACAUUACCGCUACCAUCGGUUUGGUUGUGCAUGCAGCAGCGGAUGGAGUGGCACUCGGUGCGGCAGCUACGACUAGUCAUGCAGAUGUAGAAAUAAUUGUAUUCUUAGCAAUAAUGUUACACAAGGCGCCUGCUGCGUUCGGCCUUGUCACUUUUCUCCUUCACGAAGGAAUCGAGAGGCAGCGGAUACGUAAACAUUUGUUGAUAUUUUCAUUAGCUGCUCCUGUCCUUACAUGUUUGACAUAUUUCGGAAUAGGACAGAAACAAAAAGAGACUCUUAGUUCACUAAACGCGACAGGUAUAGCGAUGUUGUUUUCGGCGGGAACAUUCUUGUACGUAGCAACCGUCCACGUUUUAGCGGAUAUAACCCAAGGUCACGAACACAGCUACGAUAGACUGCCGCAAGUGGAGAACUCUAAACUGCCCUCUCCCAGUUCUCGAUUGAAAUCCGUAGAAUUACUUUUCCUCGUCGUCGGAUGCAUGUGUCCGUUGUUGCUGUCGAUGGGCCAUCACCACUAA